AUGCCCCCUCCCCAGGCUCCACCUUCCCUGGCUUUGCCUCCUCUUCAGGCUCCUCCCUCUCCCCCUGCCUCACCCUCUCCGCGGGCCCCUCCUUCUACCCGGGCCACACCCCCUCCACAGGCUCCGCCUUCCCUGGUCUUGCCUCCUCUGCAGACCCCUACUCUCCCUUUGCAGGCCCCUCCCUCUCCCCUGGCCACGCCUCAGGCUCCACCUUCCCUGGCCUUGCCUCCUCUGCAGGCCUCUACUGUCCCUUUGCAGGCCCCUCUUUCUCCCCUGGCCACGCCCCCUCCUCAGGCUCCACCUUCCCUGGCCUUGCCCCCUCUGCAAGUCGCUCCCUCUCCCCCGGACUCACCCCCUCUGCAGGCCCCACGCCGCCCCCCGACCCCAGGUCCAGAUGCCCCGAUCCCGGGGCCACGGCUGACCCUGGCGCUCGCCCCAGCUCCGCCGCCACCGCCCUCGCGCAGCCCGUCCAGUACGCUGAGCGGCCCGGAUCUGGCGGGCCACAGCAGCAGCGCCACCAGCACCCCGGAAGAGCUGCGCGGCUACGACAGUGGGCCGGAGGGCGGCGCAGCGGCCUCCCCGCCCGCCGACGCGGAGCUCGCCGCCUGCCACCCGGCCUCCUGGAGCCGAGGUCCCGCUCCGCCGCUGGCUGUCCGCAGCGCCCCAGGAGCGUCCCUGCCUUGGCCUCCUGCUGCCGGGUCGCCGCUGCCUGGCCUGUGCACCAUCUACGAGGCUGAGGGGCCCGAGUCGGCGACCCCCGCCCCAGGAGCGCUGGAUCCAGGGCCCGGCCCCGGCGCGGGUAGUGGGAAGGUGGUAGCUGGAGCAGCGGCGGGGGCCUCGCGUGGUGCGAAGCCGGCGCGCCUGGGCGAGCUGCCGCUGGGGGCGCUGCAGGCGAGCGUCGUGCAGCACCUGCUGAGCCGGACGCUGCUGCUAGCUGCGGCGGAGGGAGCUGCGGGCGGCGGCGGCGGCCCAGGGGGCGCGGGAGCCGGUGGCGUCGCGGGGGGCGCCAGGACUGCGCUCAGCGACGCCGAACUGGGCCGCUGGGCUGAACUGUUGUCUCCUCUGGACGAGUCCCGCGCCAGUAUCACCUCGGUCACCAGCUUCUCUCCGGACGACGUGGCUUCCCCGCAGGGUGACUGGACGGUGGUGGAGGUGGAGACCUUCCACUGAGCCAGACCCUUAGCCCCGCCCACGACACCCCUUCCCUGCCUUAGGACCCGCCCCUCCGGUUACGCCUGUCUUAGACUGCCCGCCUGCCCUCCUCCGGGAGUCUGGCUCCCGGUGGAUUGGACAUAGCCCCUAGAGGCCUAGAUUUUGGGCCAGGCUCACGACCCACCUAUGCCUCUGGCCAAGGCCUUCCCCCUCGAGCCCCGCUCCCUUGGCCUUGAUGCGCUCCCGCUCUUAGAGCCCCGCCCCCUCCCUGGCCUAGGCCCCUCCCCGUGUCCUGAGUAUUGUCUGCCUUGUGCUGCCCGAGUUUGCAAUAAAGCCAGGAGGACACUGCA